UUCUGUAUAGCUUUAAUAGCGUUUGAUGGGUUUUUGCUGCUUUGCUUCCCGAUCGACCGGAUGUGUUGGUCUGGCCCGUUGCUACCGUCGCGCACAGAUCCCGCAACCGGUUGCAGUGGCGGGAUGAUUUAUCAAGGCGCUUCGUUGCGCUCCGGAAAACAAUGCCCCCGGAAUGUGUGGCCACGGGACCGACACAAAAGCCAAUCUUGCCGCCGAGCGGACGCUAAAAAGGGGGGAGUAGGUUUUAUCACCCCCACGAGCACCACAGGUUGGCGUGCCCGGCACUGUGCGAUCGCGAUUUUAACGCGCCUCGCUUCCCACCUUACCCCAGGCCCCGUUUCGCUCUUUACUCAAUCGGCGUGAAAGCGAGUUUUCUUCCUCCAUAAACAAGGGCCCGAUGGUCUUGCGACGGGCUCAUCGUCGUUUCGUUGAUCGAUACCUGAACACUGGGCAGAAAACCGCAACCCAAACUCGUGCCAAACGAAGCUAAACUUGCGUUUUCCCCCUCUUUUUGAAAAAAAACGGCCUAAUGAUUUAUCACCUGCCGAAGGUGUCCAGUAGCACUAGUACGGUGAGGCUUUCCACAGUUUUCCACGUGCGGUAAACUGUUUUCGUUUUGCUCCGAUACAUUGAAGACUGUGAAGGAGGGUGGAAAAGGGGAGAAAAAUAAAACGAAGGUGCCAUAAAAUUUCAUGAGCUUUCCACAACCUUCGAAACGUUAUAACCCUUUCCGUGCCUCUUCUCCCCUCAUCACUUUCCAUCAACGAGGGAGAAAAGUAUGAUGCAUUUUAAGGCGAAUCGUUCCAACCGAUCCAACGGAUGAGAGAAGACGAAAAGUUUUUCCACGAAUUUCCACCAUGGAAAACAAAUGCUCUAGUCGCGAUGUUCCGCGAUGUUUUUUUUUUGUUUCCUUCAUGCCCCCAAGGGGAUGCGGGAAAUCCUGUAUCGAAUCGAUCGAUCUUGCCCGGCAACAUCCGGCUACCGUUCUAUGGUUGAAUGAGCGGUAGGUGAUUGUAAGUUUUAUCACACCUUACGGGCUGAAGCUUCAUCGUACCUUUCGCUCCGGAAGCUCAUCGACCUCACCCGAAACGAUGAGCUCUAUUUUCACGGUGGGCUGAAGCCGAGCUUCAAACCGGGGAAAAUGCGCAAGAGCAGAUGAUCUGUGUAUGAUUUUUUGGUUCGUAUAACAGGGGUUUUGAACUAUUAAUGAAUAAGCUGGAGCGUUCCAAGUGUUUGUUUAAUAGAAAUAUGGAAUUGUGCUCAAGAGUAUCAGAAAGCAUUUUAUUUUACUGUGAUAUUUUGUAUUUGAUUUUUAAGCUGAUUGGUGGAAUGAUGUUUUUUGCAAUGAAAUAUUUUUUUAAAAAAGAAAUUUAAUCAUGCUGCAGAUUGCUAUAACCCUGCACUCAGCUUCAAAGGGGUGAGAAAACGUACACAUUUAUGCUCUUCGAUUUGGCUGGAGCUUUUGCAGAAAAGCGAACCCCAUCUUUUUCCCACCCCCCCGUGAAACGCCGCGUAUCGCACUCUUUCACUCUCACGGCGCACGCUCUUUCUCUCUGGGAUUUGUGCCGAAUAAUAAGAAAAAUUUAGCUCGAACGCAUCCCAAUUCGAGCGAUCGUUGCUUGGGUCAUAUCUCUUUACGUUUCCAGGCUUCUUCCUUGCAGCAUCACGCACCCAUGAGUGCUGGGAGAGCGUCGCGUUCUCUCUCUCUUUCGCUGUCGCUCUCUUUUUUUUCUGUGUGUGUUGAGGGUGGUUGUGUCGGUGCGUGCGCGGCGGUAUAUGCGUGGUGGUGGUGUGGUGCGUGUCGGCCGAUGCGCUCCGUUACUAAUAACUGUGUAAGCGGUACGCCGACCAACUUCAUUUGUGCUCCGUCAGCCAAGUCGAACGCUUCGGUCUCAGCUCUACCCUUUGCGAGUAGUCGAACCAAACACCCGUGCGAAAGGUACCAUCCUUCCUAUCUGCAUAGUCUGUUGUUGAGCCAGCGCAGCGUCGAACAGGUCCUGCGUUACAGGACGGUAUCAAUCAAACCAAGAUCAAACCACAAUAAGCGUUUAUAACCCAAACCCCCCCUUGAGGAGCGUCAUCUAGCGAACCCCGGCGUUACAAGCUAAAAAGGUGAAGAAACUCUCGAGUCUCGAGUACACAGUGUUUAUUGUAGAGCAUCCGUUACCCGUAACGCGUACGCGCUUUCGUAGUGGUGUGUCCCGUGUGUCCUAAAUUCAAUCAAAUCCGUUCUAAUCUGUGCAUCGAUACACCGUUGUGUCCUGAGAGCCAAAGAUCGUGUUCUGUUCCGCGGUAAACACAUAGCGCUAGCAGAAGAAAAGAAAGAAAACAAGCUAACAGUGUGCAAUACGUUUAGAGUUUUGUGAGAAAAGCGUUGUAAUCAAACCCAACCGGCCAAAAGGAUCCGUCACUGCCACAGCCAGACUACUAGCAACUAUCUGUACUACCUCUACCUACUGGUUAUACUACUGCUACUACGCUCACAAACAACUACCGUAUCCAGCCCAACAACAACAUACGCAUCCUCUAGCGGCGUCCUUUGCGAACUCAACGCUAGAUACCGUCCCGGACACCCCAGUUGACGGUUGUCCGCCCUUCCCUGUCCUUCAAUCUACCGAUUUCUUUGCGUGUGACGCGGCUCUGUUGAGCAUCGAAGGCAGCCACCCUGUAUCUCCAACCGACCGUCGCCACCAUGAAUGGUUCCGGGUACGAGAUAAAUACAAACGGUGACAUCCUGCUACAGAACCAGCAGAAGGGUUGGUGGACGAUCGGGCUGAUCAAUGGCCAGUACAAAUACAUGACGGCCGAAACGUUCGGCUACAAGCUGAACGCGAACGGCGCAAGCCUCAAGAAGAAGCAGCUCUGGACGCUCGAACCGUCCACCACUGGCGAUAGUAUCAUCUACUUGAAGUCGCACCUGGGCCGUUACCUGUCGGUGGAUACGUUCGGCAAUGUGCUGUGCGAGUCGGAGGAGCGCGAUGCGGGCAGCCGCUUCCAGAUCAGCAUCACCGACGACAACUCCGGCCGUUGGGCGCUGAAGAACGAGCAGCGUGGCUACUUCCUCGGUGGCACACCGGAAAAGCUAACCUGCACGGCGAAGGCACCGGGCAAGAGUGAACUGUGGAGUGUCCAUCUGGCUGCUAGGCCGCAGGUUAACUUGCGCUCCGUUGGUCGCAAACGGUUCGCCCAUCUGUCCGACACGCAGGAUGAAAUCCAUGUCGAUGCGAACAUUCCGUGGGGUGAGGAUACGCUGUUCACGCUGGAGUUCCGUGCCGACGAGGAUGGCCGUUAUGCGCUGCAUACGUGCAACAAUAAAUAUCUGAACUCCAACGGUAAACUGGAGAACAAGUGCACCGACGACUGUCUAUUCUCGGCGGAGUACCACAGCGGACAUCUGGCAUUGCGUGACCGGCACGGUCUCUAUCUAUCGCCGAUCGGCUCGAAGGCCGUCCUGAAGUCACGCUCGCAGACGGUGACGCGCGAUGAGCUGUUCUCGCUAGAGGACUCACUGCCACAGGCAUCGUUCAUUGCCGCGCUCAACAGCAAGUACGUGUCGGUAAAGCAGGGCGUGGACGUGACGGCUAACCAGGACGAGAUCGGUGAGAACGAAACGUUCCAGCUCGAGUUCGAUUGGUCCGCUCACCGUUGGGCACUGCGCACCACACAGGAUCGCUACUGGUGUCUGUCGACUGGCGGUGGCAUCCAGGCGACCGGUAACCGACGCUCGGCCGACGCACUGUUCGAGCUCGAAUGGCACGGCGACGGUUCGGUAUCGUUCCGUGCGAACAACGGCAAGCUGCUAGCGACCAAACGCUCCGGCCAUCUGUUUGCGACCGCAGAAGCAAUCGAAGAGACGACCAAGUUCUACUUCUACUUGAUCAACCGGCCUAUUCUGGUGCUGAAGUGCGAGCAGGGAUUCGUUGGUUAUCGUGCACCGGGCAGCAACAAGCUCGAAUGCAACAAAGCCAUCUACGAAACGAUCCUGGUCGAGCGUGCCCAGAAGGGUAUCGUCCACUUCAAGGGUCAGAAUGGAAAGUACUGGCGUGUGGAUGGUGAAGGCAUCGCAGCCGAUUCGGAUGUACCGUGUGACGGAUUUUUCAUCGAGCUGCGCGAACCAACGCGCAUCUGUCUGCGUUCGAGCGAUGGUCGCUACCUGGGCGCUACCAAGAAUGGUACGUUCAAGCUCGUCGACACCGGUUACGACACUGCCACCCAGUGGGAAUACUAAGCUCGAACCGCUCCUAAUAGUUUAUAGUAGCAUCAGCAGCAGACACAUGUAGGUGACCACUCAAUUCUGGUGCGCGCGGGUAGGGAAGAAACGGUUUCGGGUUUUCUUCGCCUAACCGCCGGUGCUGAAUAGGGGAAAACUGGUCAGCUUGUCAGUGCGUUUUGCACGUACUGCGCAGGCUGUCUCAUUUUCUUUCCGCGUUAUAUUUUUUCCUUCUUCUCUCUUCUCUUAACCGACGAAGGAAAGUGUGUGUGUGUGUGCGGCUUGAUGGAAUGCAGGAUCCGUUUUAGGACAAGCUCGGUCAUCAGUCGGUCUUUAUUUUUGACAGAAACAACACAUAUUUACGCUAUUUAUUCAGGCAUGUGUGUGUGUGUGUAUGUGUGUAUGUGUGCGUGUGUAUCACGUAACAUGCAAUUCAAUCUUACCUUAUCGAUUCACACAUACAGCAUGCACGGACAUACCCACAUAUAUACAUACGCUGUAGUUGAAGGAGUUAUACACUGGCAUGCGGGCAGCAUACAUCUGAAAUGCAUGGAGAAAAAAAACUAGUGCAUCAAGCGAAUAAUACACACUUACACUCAUUUAGCCUAGUAGUAUAUUAUACGUGUAUGAUUUAUGAACUGCAACAGUCAGGGAAAUCGAAUGGCACACGCAUAUGCGCAUAUACAGCAAAAAAAGGAAAGAGAAUCUUAUUUCAAUCCAAAAAGUACGGUUAGGUAAACCGUUCGAAAUAGUAUUUCAUACACCAGGACGCCUUUGCGCCCUAGUUUUGUGGAGUGUAUUUUUUUUUUUUGGAAACGGUUGCAAACGUGCAAGAAAGAAUGCAAACAUUUGUAUUUAUUUGAGAAGCAAAAAAAAAGAAACAAAAACCCAUUAGAGGACAAAAUUAUCCUCUGAUGGUAAGGUACGACCAUUUAGUUUUUUUAUACCCCCCCUAUUGCUAUAUAUAUAUUAUAUACUUACACACACACUCUCUCGAAUAUAUAUAUAUAUAUUUAAUAAUUACCCAAACUGCAGCGAAUGUCGUCGAAGAGGAAAUUUUGAAAGUGAGCGAUAAGUAAUAAAAUGAAGAGAAAAGAAACGUAAAACUAAAACUGCAAAUGGCAAACGAACCCAAAUGCUUCAAUCAGGUGAACAUGUGAAAAGUUAGUAAGAGAACAGAUAAGGGUGCAGAAAGAGAGAGAGAUAGAAAGUGCGAAAGAAACAGCAAUACAGUGAGAAGAGAAAAAAGGGCAGUGGCGCAGGUUGAAAGGGUGUGAUGUGCGAGAGGUGUGAGAAGUGAUAAACUUUUUUUUGCUAAAAGUGUUUCUAUGUACCAACCGCGAUACCGACCGUCAACUUUAUCAUCUCACACAGAUUUAAACGUACACAGACACGCACAUGCAUACAUACCACGUGGGCGUACACGUUUGUUUUUGGACGACGAAGAAUUGGCAAAGAGACACCAUAACUGGGAAAGGGACCCUUUCCAACGCAAUAGAACUAUUCGAAAGAAAUUAUCUUCACUACAAGAGUCACAGUCAGUGACAGUACACAACCUUGACAGUGCGUGCGCCUGCGUGUGAUGUGUGCGUGUAAAACGGUACACUUUGGUGUGCGUGAGUGUAUUUAUCGAAAAGGAUUAACUAAAGUACGGUGGGCGAGCAGUAACACAGAAUAAUUAAGACAUCAUCAUUAAUCAAUAAACAAAAAAAAACUCAAGUCAAAACCAA